AUGUCCCCCACACAAUCCUUCACAAAUACCGAACCCCUCCCACGUCUCAGAGGUCCCCCAGGCGUGUAUUCGACUUUCCGCGGUACAAUCCGACAUGAACAUACACCGAUGCGAGGAUUCAGUAUCAAUCCACUCACAGGAUUCGGAGCUGGCAGACUGUCCGAUGAGGGUGAUACAGUGUUCACUAAUACCGUGCAAUAUGAUUUCUCCAAUCUUGGACCAGAAGAUCGUUUUCCAUUCACCGGUUGUCUCCAGAAAAUGAUUUUAGAUACUGAAUUAUCAUGCGCGUCAUGUCGUAAUGGUGUGCCUUCAAUUCACAACGUGACUUGUCGACCUCAAGUAGAUUUCAAAAGUGACAAUGCUCUCAUGAUGUGUCAUGGGUGCGGUGACUUACAACGUGCUCCUUCAUGGAUCACUGCGUCAGGCUUAUCCCAAGAUGUGACCUAUCGCGAGGCUGUGAGGUCGUUAUCACCCGGAGAUUGUCAAGAGUGUGGCGAAGAAAGUUACUGGACACUUUUGACUAAUGUUCAUGCUCCACCGUCCUCUUCAGGUGUGGAUGGCACGGGGUCUCAAACCCACACAGAGAAGAAGCACGGAUCCAGUAACGAAGACGAGACCUACGGAACGGCUGGUGAUACCGAAGUUAGGAACAAUGAUGGAGAGACCGCUGAACAAGCAAGUUCAAAGGCAUGGAAACCUUCUCCUUGUCUACCGCCAAUUGGUUGUGAUUUUUUUACUUCUUCUUUGAAUGACUCUGACCCCCUGUCCUAA